CGCAAUCGACCAACCUUCAGACGGAACCAUUUUUAUCUGGGACUUGUUUAAGGUAGGAACCUUUAGUUGAAACACCGGAAUCGCGCUCCUGAUAGAGACCGCGGUCCAACAUGCCUAAGUUUUACUGUGACUACUGUGACACGUACCUUACACACGAUUCGCCAUCUGUGAGGAAGACCCACUGCAGUGGCAGGAAACACAAAGAAAAUGUUAAGGAUUACUACCAGAAGUGGAUGGAGGAGCAGGCUCAGAGUUUAAUUGAUAAAACGACGGCUGCAUUUCAGCAGGGGAAGAUUCCUCCUACACCGUUUCCUGGUGGCCCUCCUCCAGGUGGGCCUCCUCGCCCAGGUAUGUUGCCAACUCCCCCUAUGGGAGGUCCGCCCAUGAUGCCCAUGAUGGGGCCUCCACCACAUGGGAUGAUGCCUGGUGGACCUGGAGGCAUGAGGCCGCCAAUGGGAGGACCCAUGCAGAUGAUGCCAGGACCCCCACACAUGAUGCGUCAUCCACGACCGAUGAUGAUGCCAGUCAGGCCGGGUAUGAUGAGACCAGACAGAUAAGACCAAAUGGAUUUUGUCCGUUCUUUCUUGCCAUGAACAGGCACGAGGAAGUGAGGACACUUUGUUUAACACUUGGAUUCAUCAGUGCAACAAAAUUCUCAAAUGUCCAGCCUGAAUCUGUUCAUUAUGUCAUCCUGCGUAGUUAAUAUGGUUUCAGUCCAAGCGGUGGUAUUUAUUACCUCAUUAGAAUAACUUCAGAUUCCCAUUUUAAAGACAUUUUCACUUUUACAUUACUGUCGCGACUGAAGCAUCUUGUCCAAGUCUGAUGAGCACAUGCAUUGAAAGGCUGUGUUUAAUUUGACAUUUACUAUUUGUUUCAGCCAUGUUUUUGUUGUAUUUUUUGGAGUUGCUUUUAGAAAUAAAAAGUUUUUUUCAAACUA